CGCAAAAACCACCAAGAUGUCUGAGAAAAAGCUGACUUCCAGCCGCAGGCAUCACCUGAAGAGUCUGAUCCUCCAGAUCGCUUUGAACUGGCUCGAGCAGGAGAAAAAGGACAACACAGCGGCGAAGGAGGCCUACAUGGCCGAACACUGUCCCGCCCCGGACUUGAGCGGAGACCAGAACGCCAUGAUGGAGUACUGCAAGAAGCUCCACGCCCUCAUUGACAAGAUCGAUGAGGAGAGGUACGACAUCGAGGCCAAAGUGCAGAAGGCCGACAAAGAGAUUGAAGACCUGAAGAUUAAAGUGGUGGAUCUGAGAGGCGUGAAGAAACCCGCCCUGAAGAAAGUGCGUAUGUCCGCUGACACCAUGCUGAAAGCUCUGCUGGGCUCCAAGCACACGGUCAACAUGGACCUGAGGGCCGGCCUGAAGCAGGUGAAGAAGGAGGUGAAGGAGGAGCCAACAGAAGCUGUGGGCGACUGGCGUAAGAACAUCGAGGACAAGGCCGACAGGAAGAAGAUGUUCGAGAGCUCCUAAACGUGUCGCCGCUCUUUGUCUGUUUAUAUGAACUCCACGUGUCUUAUAUGUGUCGUUUGAACCAGUUGUUUUACGUUUGGUGAAGCCACACAGGGCUGAACAGCAAGUGAGCAUGUCUGACAGGAGUCGCUCUGCAGGAAAUUUAAGGUGUUUGAGGGGUUUUUUUCUCUUGUUUUUUGGGACUUUGUUUGUUUGGAGGGAGGAAGAGGAGUGUAGAGAGUUUCUGCAGGUUCACACACAACACCAAGUCUUAAACUCCACA